UCACGUUGACCCUGACGUCCCGGACUCUGGACGCUGCUGCAGCGGGGAAGUUAGCACCACCGAUUUGAACUAAAUACAUCGAUUAAACAAGGUCAAAGAUGGCCCUCUCACAAGUGUCCUCCAACAAGUGCGCCGGGGGUUUCCAGAAGGUUUUCGAACAUGAAAGCACCGAGCUGAAGUGUAAGAUGAAGUUUGCCGUCUACCUGCCGCCCAAAGCUGAAACAGACAAGUGUCCCGUCAUGUACUGGCUCUCCGGUCUGACGUGCACGGAGCAGAACUUCAUCACCAAAGCUGGCAGUCAGCUGGCCGCUGCAGAACACGGCAUCAUCAUCGUGGCUCCGGACACCAGCCCGCGUGGAUGUAACAUUGAGGGUGAAGAUGAGAGCUGGGAUUUCGGCACCGGAGCUGGUUUCUACGUGGACGCCACCCAGGACCCCUGGAAGACCAACUACCGCAUGUACUCCUACAUCAAUGAGGAGCUCCCCAAACUGAUCAACGCUAACUUCCCCACCGACCCGGCCAGGACGUCCAUCAGCGGCCACUCCAUGGGCGGCCACGGCGCUCUCAUCUGUGCCCUGAAGAAUCCUGGGAAAUACAAGGCCGUGUCGGCGUUCGCCCCCAUCUGUAACCCGGUGCAGUGUCCCUGGGGCCAGAAGGCCUUCUCCGGAUACCUGGGCUCCGACAGGUCCACGUGGGAGGCGUACGACGCCACGGUGCUGGCGGCGUCGUACUCCGGCCCUCAGCUCGACAUCCUCAUCGAUCAGGGCCGUGACGACCAGUUCCUGUCGGCCAGUCAGCUGCUGCCCGACAACCUGAUCGCCGUCUGCUCUGAGAAGAAAAUCCCUGUCGUCUUCAGACUGCAGCCGGGUUACGACCACAGCUACUUCUUCAUCUACUCGUUUCUGAACGACCACAUCAAGCACCACGCCAAGUACCUGAACGCCUGAGCCGACACCUCCACAUCAGCUUUCCUGCAACCAGAUGGUCAGAAACGGCCACUAAGCAAGUCGCUGGCACUUAAAGUGCCUUCAGUGUGAACAAAGUUCCAAUAAAACCAAUCUUCUGUCCUA